GCCAAUAUAUGUUAACACCAAUAUUGGAAGUUAAAAAGAAGGAGAUUGUUGAAACGAUUAAAUCUAAGCUAACUCAACAUAACAGGAAGAGAAAACGUGUUAGCAAAGAGGAAAAAGAAGAAAAAGAGGAAGUGAAUAGUGUCAAUUCGGAAUUGAAUGAAGUCAAUUCGGAAGUGAAUGGAGUUUCAUCAGCUUCGA